CCCCCCCCCCCCGUGAACUAGUGGCAGUAUUUUCCUACAUAAAUUUGUCUCGUGACUUAACAGCGUUCAUGUUCAUAUCCUCCUAACAGAUGGUGUUUAAAGUCUUCACAGGUUUCUCACCUUUUAGGGUUCAGAUUUACUAUCCACUCGGGUUGUGUGACCUGUACUUUUGCAGUCUUCCAAAUAGUUCCUUGGCAGAGACCCUGUCUACUUUAUUCUCGUACUCUUGGGUCCUGGAGAAUCAGAGAUCAGUUGCCUAACACUGGGGGACGGGGUAGGGGUGGGUAGGCAGUGCACCUUUGCGCCUGCGCCAGCCCGGACCCUGGCUUACCCGGUCACCCGCUCCCCUCCCCCAUGGGGUAGGUUGGCGCGGAUUUGGCUUUUGAAGGCCUUUAAAACACAAUUUACAUUUGUAUAAUGAAGACCGAGUUCCUAGCAACCACUUUGCAAGUGAAUCUUGGGAGUUCAGUCUUUCUGCAAUGGAGAUAGUGCAGGCCGCGAUCCUUGGCUUUGUUAGCAGUUUGUAAUUUAGCCAGAUUUUAUUUUUUAAAACAAAAACAUCCGCCCACCCCAUCUUUUAAUGACAGUAUGCUGCAGUAUGUGACAGCCAGUGUUUUAAAGUACGGGGCGUUUAGUCUCCCCAUAGUUCUGUCGUUAGCUUUUCCAAGCGAUUCUUUGAAAGCUAGAUGACAGUGUUAGUAAACGCCAAAAUAACGGCUGUGGCUUGAGCCAGCCGGCGUUACUCCAGCGUGGCGGCCGACCGGCUUCUCGGCGGCGUUCUACGCGUGUUCGCGUUUACGCGGCGGGGGUGCUUAUGCGCUCACUGAGGGGGCGGGGCGCUAGGCCGCCGCUAGUGCGCAUGGGCGGCGUCCUCCUCCGCCUUGGGGGACCCCUGCAGUUUACGUUGUCGUCCGGGACGUCGCGAAGACCGUUACCUGAGUGCCUCCCGUCGCCGACAUGGCCGAUGAAAAUGGUUCCCUGAGGGAAGCCGACGAGACGAGAGCGCAGCCGGCGGUGACCAUCCCGGGUAGUGCGUACUCGCGGAAGCAGGUGGAGGAGGAGGAGGAGGAAGCUUUGAAGGUGGAAGCGGCAGCGACGUCUGAUGCGGAAUCUGAAACCCCUUCUGACGACCUGAGCUGGGGGGAGGCCGACAUCCACCCCAGCCUGCUGGAGCGGGUGGAUGAGGAGAAAUGCCGGAGUAUCCGCAAGCAGUACCGGCAGCUCAUCUAUUGCGUCCAGCAGAACCGAGACGACAUAGUGAACACGGCGAGCGACUCCUUAACCGAGGCUCUCGAGGAAGCCAACGUCCUGUUUGACGCAGUGAGUCGGACAAGAGAAGCGGCUCUAGACGCUCAGUUUCUUGUUUUGGCUUCUGAUUUGGGUAAAGAAAAAGCAAAGCAGCUGAACUCUGACAUGAACUUUUUUAAUCAGGUGGCAUUUUGUGACUUUCUGUUAAUAUUUGUGGGUCUAAAUUGGAUGGAAGAUGAUGGACGUGAUCCGUUGAACAACUGUGACGAUAACAUAGCUCUUUCCUUCUGGGAGACAGUGCAGAAGGAAGCGACAUCGUGGAUGUUACAAGCUGAAACAUUCCACUUUCUUUUUGGCUCGUUCAAAUCAGAGUCUGCCGCGCGAAAGCCGCGACUUGAUCAUCGGAGAAAAGUUCAGAAAAUGGAAGAAAAUGGGGAUAUGCCUACAAAGCUGAGGAAGCUGGAUCUGAGUGGUAAUCAAGAAGCCACAGAAAAAGAAGUAGAAAGAAUCUUGGGAUUGUUGCAAACGUACUUUCGAAAGUAUCCUGAUACUCCUGUGUCUUAUUUUGAGUUUGUGAUUGAUCCACACUCUUUCUCUCGUACUGUGGAGAAUAUAUUUUACGUUUCUUUCAUUAUAAGGGAUGGUUUUGCAAGAAUAAGGCUUGACCAAGACAGGCUGCCAAUAUUGGAGCCAAUUAAUAUUAACCUAGCCGGUGAGGGAAAUGAUCCCAGUUUCCACAGCAGGAAACAGGGAGUUAUAUCUUUGAGUUUACAAGACUGGAAAAACAUUGUGGCAACUUUUGAAAUUUCAGAGGCUAUGAUCACAAACUCAUACUAAAGAUUUUUGUUCUUAGCACAGAUGCAUUUUAGUUUAUUUUCUAAAGCAUAGCGUCGUGGAGAGUAAAAUCCAAACAGAAGCACAUACUGUAUUUCUUGUGAAAAAUAUUUUCAAGAAAAUAAGUUGUUUUACUGUGCGUUGUAUUUUUCUUGGUAGUUUUAUAAAGUUGUCAUGAUAAAGUUGUCACUGGCGUGUUCAUGGGAGAGAUUUUUUGACUGCUCCUUAAGACUUUAUCAAUAAAAACUGAAUUCCAUAAAAUAAAAAGUGUUUGAUAAUUUGAAAAAAUGAGUUAUGAUGCUCUGUGAUACUACAUUGCUUUCUCUGCUACAGGGACCCAAGGCAAUCCCAUAUGGGGCUCUUGACCAGGUUGGGGGAAAGAAUGGGUGAAAAAAAUGGUCAAGAAAGACUGUAGGGCAGUGCGUAAGUCAUGUUAAUCCUGUAUUAAAAAAAUUCAGAUGCCAUGCUUCAUUUCAAAGAAGACUCAUAAGAUUAAUGAGUGGGUGUCCUUGUUCUAAAGAAUUUCUACUGUGAUGUGGGCUUAACAAAAGUAGACUGACUUCUGUAAUAGGUGAGCUAUCACCUAAGUACUGUAUGAGUAGGAAUGGAUCAAAGAUCGGGCAGGGAAAUAUGGAGGGUCAAAUAGGUGACACUGUGGGAAGUUACGGCUCCAGAGAGAUCUAUAUGUUUUUUUUUGAAAACUAUUCUAUCUGAAUGUUACACUAGGCAAAAGUUGAUUUACCUCAUCUGUUAGUGCCCUCUGUCAGAUUAUUUCAAACACAAAAUCUUCUAACAUCCAGUUACAAUCUUUAUCUACUUGUUCUGUUUCUUCUCUGGCCCCUAGUUUCCCUUUGUAAUUUCUGCUAGUACACAGAGUGUUCCUCAGAAUUGGUGAUGUUUCAUUAUGUACUGGCCUUGAAUAUUUGUUCCCAACUCAAUUUUGAUUUCUUAAUAGGACUUUGAAUGCCUGGAAACUCUCCCUGUGUAAACUGAAAUAUCAGUAUAUGAUUAAUGUAUCCAAAUUUCCUUCACUUCAUAUAAAGCUCUAAAGGCUUUUGUUGUUGCUUGUAUUAAGAAUAUAAAUUACAACCUUAUUUGGAUGCUACUACUGAAAAUUUUGGUCUUUAAGGAAACAGUUUUUGAAGGUGUAGUGAGCAUCCUUGCAAACUGUUUUUCUUGAUCUCUGUAGAAACAGUCUUUGGUAGUAGUGAGUCUUGCCAUUAAACCUUAUCUGGCAAGUGGAUCUGCUUUGUGUAAUAGGAAUAAUAAAAUUUUCCUGUUACGUCUGAAUGUAGUACAGGGAAGGGAAAUCCAGAGAGUAAAUGAAUGACAUCUAGACGGAGAGGAGAUUGAGAAGUUCUUCAGUAAUAGUGGAAGUGUGUUUUUUUUUUUUUUUGCAAGAAGGGAAGUUUCUCAAGAAACCCGGCCAAUUAUUUUCUAAGGUAGUCACUUCUUCCCCUUUUCUUAUGAAGGGAUGCUAACCCUUCCCAGUGCCUACCACCUUUUGGUCCAGUGGUUGUGGAAAUCUCUCUGAUCCUCCCUUUAGCAUGCCUCUGCCGUCCGGGUUCCUUAGGUUUUUUCAGACCUUUGCUUUUUGGGGAAAAGAUAAUCUUAGAGAUAGCAAAAAGAUCUUGCCUCAGGUCUGCUUACACACCAGGUGUCUUUAGGAGUAUUUGAAGAUGUAAGUGUUAACUAAAAGCAGGAAUGGAGAAUGUGGAGGUUUAGGAGGAAAGUAAUCUUUUGGGUCUUCUCUAAAGUUACAGCUGUUAAAAUAUAAAUCAGAUUGACCACUUGUUUCAAUUUAAAUUGGUUGUUAAAUGACGUAUAGAUUGGAAAUUAAAGCCAAUUAUUUUCUAAAGUAGUCAUUUCUUCCCCUCUUUACCCUGAAGAAAAAAGGGAAAUUGGCUAAUAGAUAAUUCAUUUAUCUAUUAUAAUGAUAAUGAAUAGAUAUUCAUUUAUCUAUUAGAUUAGAUGUGACCCAAACUACAAGUCUGCUGGCUUCUCAACAAUAUAUUUAGAGUGGCUUUAAUUUCACAGGUUCAAUAAAAUCAGCUGAUAGGAAAAUAUCAUGGAAGUUUUUUAAACUAGGAUUUUGUUGUUUAACAGAACCACUUCUGAUCAAAGGAUCUGGGAUCAGAUCCUGCCUUUUUAAAUUCUAGUUAGAGACUUUGCACAAAUUAUUAAAUCUGCAGGCCUUAGGUUUUUUUAUUUGCUUAGUGGGAAUAAUGACCUAUUAAAUGUACAGUAUGUGACAAGUACUUUGAUUUACUGGGUAUGAUAUAGUGAGAAAAACAAGAGAUUGUAAUCAUUUAGACCUGGGUUUAAUUCUUAUGGACAAGUUUCUUAAUCUCAAAAGAUUUCUUGCCGUUUCUGAAAUGGGAAUGACAUGUGCUUAGAAGACGAUUGUGAGGAUUAAGUGGGAUGAUAAGUACAAAACAUUCAGCACAGUGUUGGGCUCAUUGUGAGCACUCACGUAAGUGCCUCACGUAGUAGAUCAGUGUCAGAAUGCAGCUGCUGGCUCCUUCCAUGGUGACUUCUCCAUCUUGGUUCAUUCAUUUUAAGUCUAGACCUGGCUUUCUCAAAUUCUUGCCCUUGUUUUGUGGAAACUAUUAUCAAGUGAUUAGAAUUAGCACUUGGUUAAUUCAGCAACUGUGCCAGGCACUGCACUAGCACAGAGGGGAAGGUGAUAGAUUGAAAAUUGCCCUACUCUCAAGGAAUUUAUAUUUUAAUAUGUGUGUUAGUUCCCUAUUGCUGCUGUAAUGAAUUUACUGUUUGGUGGCUUAACACAAAUUAUCUUACGAUUCUGGAGGUUGGAAGUCCAGAAUCAGUUUCUCAGGGUGUGCAAGGUGUAAAAUCGAGGUGUCAGCAUGGCCAGGUCCUGUUGAGGCUCUGAGGGGAGAAUGCUUAGCCUUUUUGGAGGCUGCCUGCAUUCCUUGAUUCACAGCCUGUUCCUCCAUUUUCAAAACUGCCAAUGCAACCUCUCUGUCUUCAUUGAUUUCUGUGGUGUCUCCGUGUGCCUCCCUCUUAUAAGGAUACUUGUGAAUAAGUUGGGCCUUGUGGGGUAAUCCUGGGAAAUCUCCCCAUCACCAGAUUCUUAACUCACAUCUCGAGAAUCUCUUU